AAAUCGGUAAAAAGUAGAAUUUUCUUCAACCAAUAGCGAAAUUCAUUUGGGGUGAAAUUGUUAACAAUUUAUUAAUACAAAUACUAAUAUUAUCAAUCAAUACUUCAUGAAAGUUUUAAAAUGAAAAAUCAAUAGGAUAGCCAUUAAAAAGGGGGUUUCUGCACUUAUUGAUGACCUAUCAAUGAUAGGUGUCCAUAUUCAGCAAGUACUUUCAAUGCUUCAUAAACUUUCAUUUUUAAAGAUGAGUUGAAAGUGAAGAGAUAAAAUGAAACAGUGAACUUUCCAUGUCUAAUCUGUGCUGAUUUUCUUGUUAAAAGAAGUUAAAUCAAAUCAAGAAAACAUGUCCAUUCGAAAUUCAAUCCAAGAAUCUCCAGGAUAUCUUGUUGGUCCUCAAACCGAAAGACCAUCAAAUAAUGUGUUUCAUUCUCAACCAGGUACACAAUUGGUGCAGCAUUUUAUCCUCGGCUUCACUAUAAAGCCAAACUACUAUCGAACCAAAUACCUAAAUGUUUUGCUGGUUUUUCUCUAAGUAAAUCUAAUCAUCUGUCACGAAUUUCCAUGAUAUUUUUCAGAUGGUUGCUUGCAGGACCGUCGAGUAGCUUUUUGUCCAUCAGGAUUAGAGUACUUGACUCGAAUUGAUCAACUUCUUGUUCAACAGAAAGUUGAACUUCUUGAAGCUUUCAUUGGCUUUGAGACAAAAAACAAAUAUCACAUUAAAAACAUAAUGGGCCAGAAAAUAUUCAAUGCUAUUGAAGAUUCCGAUUGCUGCACCAGGUCUUGCUGUGGGCCUGUUAGACCAUUUAAUAUGAAAAUUAUCGAUAACGAGGAACGAGAAGUUUUAAAUAUCUACCGACCUUUGAAAUGUCAAGGAUGUUGUUUCCCUUGUUGUCUCCAAAGUAUGCAAGUUACUGCUUCUGGUGUCGUUUGUGGUUACAUUGAACAAACUUGGAGUCUGUUUGAGCCUAAAUUCAAAGUUUGUAAUUCUUCUGGUGAAACAGUUUUACGGAUUGAACGAUCAUUCUGUACUUUCUCUUUCUGUGGUGAUGUUGAAUUUAAAGUUUUAUCACACGAUGGUGACACUCAAAUCGGUUGUAUAACUAAACAAUGGUCUGGUUUAGCUCGAGAAUUAUUCACUGACGCUGAUCAUUUCGGCAUUUCAUUCCCAAUGGAUUUAGAUGUCAAUAUCAAAGCUGUAUUAUUGGGAGCUUGUUUCUUAAUUGAUUUUAUGUAUUUUGAAACUAAAUAGUGAUCCUGUAGACAGACGAUUCAAAUGAAAUGAGAUUUGACACAAUCACGGCACAAUGAAAUGAAACAUUGUCUUUAACGAAAAGUGAUUCAGGUUUCAUUUGUAACUGUGUGAGAGUUGGACUCGCUUAAACUUUUUGGUUGAUCUGGACAAUUAGAGAUAAUGGUUGCUUAAAUAGUGAUCCUGUAGACAGAUGAUUUGAUUAAAAUGAGAUUCGAUACAAUUCAGUUUCAAUGAAAUGAGCCAGCUAACACAAUGUGAUUCUGGAUAUUUAGAUCUGUGUAAACGUUAAAAAUUAGAUGCAGAUUAACAUUUAACAGCCACGAAGGCUUUUUCGGUAGUCGAGAUUGAUGUAGGUUUCAUUGGUGACCUUUGUGAGAGUUGAACUUCUUGGAGUUGGAUAUCUGCUUUCAUACUUAUCAUAUGUAUUAUUUUAUUCAUAAUAAAUAUAAAAUUUUAUCAAUAUACAGCAAAAUGAAUCGUAUCGAUCUAGUACGAAUUACAAUUAUUUUGAAACGUUAUUUGCGUUAUAAACCUCUAAGGUUGUUACUAAA